ACCAUAUCACAUAUAAACAAUGAACAAGACCAGAAAUUUCCAGGAAGUCAACGUCUUUUACCCUGCCACCGGAGUCUUACUCUUGUUUCUUCGACUGUUUCUCCACAAAACAACGGCGGUGUUUUUGUUGUUUCUCUCUAUCUUUUUGUUUGUUUAUAUCUGGAGAUUCAUCAUACGAAACCGUCAUAUAUCUCCAUCACCAUCUACUCCUUCCACCUUAACCACCGCGCAGCCACAAGGAAUGAAAUAUGAUGUCUUCCUUAGUUUCAGGGGAGAAGACACUCGUUUUGAUUUUACCAGCCACCUCUAUGCCGCUUUGAACCGGAAACAAAUCCUAACUUUCAUAGAUUAUCAGCUUGUGAGAGGAGAUGAGAUCUCGGCAUCACUUCUGAGAACAAUUGAAGAGGCCAAGCUUUCUGUGAUUGUUUUUUCUGAAAACUAUGCAUCUUCCAAAUGGUGCUUGGAGGAGCUUGCAAAGAUUUUUGAGUGUAGAAAAAAUAAUGGACAGAUAGUUAUUCCGGUAUUCUACCAGGUGGAUCCAUUCCAUGUAAGAAAUCAAACAGGGAGGUUUGGGGAUGCGUUUGCUAGACUUAUAAAGAAGAAAGCUUUGACGAUGGACAAAGUGCAAAGCUUCAGAGACGCUUUGACGGAUGCAGCCAAUCUAUCUGGAUGUACCUUAUUAGGGAAUUCUGAGCUGGAGUCUGAAUUUAUUGAGAAAAUCGUUGGAGAUGUUUUGGAAAAAUUGCAUGUCAUGUCUUCAAGUCACACUACGACGGGUCUAUUUGGAAUUGAUGUUCGUGUUAGCAAAGUUGAGUCUUUGUUAAAUAUGGAAUCUCCAGAUGUUCUCAUUGUAGGCAUAUGGGGAAUGGGUGGUAUCGGUAAAACAACGAUUGCUGAAGCUGUUUGCAGCAAGGUUCGUUCUCGAUUUGAAGGAAUCUUUUUUGCAAACUUUAGGCAGCAAUCUGAUUUGCGAAGAAGCUUUCUCUCAUGGCUGCUUGGCCAAGAAACUCUGAACACUAUGGGAUUCUUGAGUUUUCGAGAUUCUUUUGUGUGGGAGAGACUUCGUCGCAUAAAGGUUUUUAUUGUUCUGGAUGAUGUGUAUAAUUCAACGGCUUUGGAAGAAUGGAGAGAUUUGCUUGAUGGACGAAACAGUUCAUUUGGCCCGGGCAGUAAAGUUCUCAUAACAAGUAGGGACAAGCAAGUGCUUAGUAACGUAGUAGACGAAACAUACAAGGUUGGGGGGUUGAACUAUGAAGACGCUAUUCAACUCUUUAGCUCAAAAGCCUUGAAGAAUUGCAUCCCCACAAUUGAUCAAAGAGACUUGAUAAAACAGAUUGCAUGGCAUGUACAAGGCAAUCCGUUGGCUCUUAAAGUUUUGGGUUCCUCUCUCUAUGGUAAAAGCAUCAAAGAAUGGCGCAGUGCAUUGAAUAAACUAGCUCAGGACCCUCAAAUCAAAAAGGCGUUGAUAAUUAGUUACGAAGGGUUGGAUUCAGAGCAACAAUCCAUAUUUCUUGACAUAGCACAUUUCUUCAUCGGACGGGGGCAAGACGAAGCAACAGGAAUAUUAGAUCGCUUAUAUGGUCGGUCUGUGACGUUCGAUAUAAGCACGCUCAUUGAUAAGUGUCUCAUAACUUCUAAUGAUUUUUAUCCAAGGCUAGAAAUGCAUGAUUUACUACGAGAAAUGGCAUUUAACAUUGUGCGUGCAGAAUCUGAUUUUCCUGGCGAACGUAGCAGGUUAUGUCAUCCUCCUGAUGUCGUUCAAGUAUUGGAGGAAAAUAAGGGAACUCAAAAAAUUAAAGGCAUAUCUUUGGACAUGUCUGAGUUAUCGAGAGAUAUACAGUUGAAAUCUAAUGCCUUCGCAACGAUGUAUGGUCUUAGAUUUCUCGAUUUCUAUCACAAUAUAAGAUGCACCUUCCUCCUACUGGCCUCGAACAUCUUCGUAAUGAGCUGAGAUAUCUGCGAUGGCAUAAAUUUCCUUCGAAUUCCUUGCCGCCAUAUGUUCGUGCUGAACACCUUGU